AUGGAGGACCUCUCCGCCGAUGACGAUAUCCUUUCGGAUAUCCUCCUCGAUAACCUCGAGUUCGAGCCGGCCAUCUCAACACAUAAAAUGAAUCCCAAUUACAGGGGUCAGCGAUUCGACCGCAAUGCCGUCAGCUUGAUCGUCAGAAAACGUGUCGUCGAGCAAAAGGACAUCACAGCCGCCAUUGAAGAUCUCGGCAAGCUCGGCAUCAUUCAGAAAUAUCUCGCCAACAAAACACAACGCCAAACCGCCAGCUUUGAAGCACAUGCGCGACGCUACUUCGAAAGCUAUCUGCCAGAGAGUGGCGUCGAAUUUGCACUCACCACACGGUACAAGCGCGUCAUGAUCGAAAAGGCCGACAGAGUGCACGGCUCAGAUCCAGAAGCAUCGACGUCCGCAGUCAAGCUCGAAGACACGCCUGGCUCUCCAGGAAAGGACUUCGCAGAGGAAAGAGGUAAGGGGUGUGCCAAAGGGAGAUCGUCCUUGGAUCGCGCCGCCACCAGCAUCGGUGCAGCACCAGCAGCUUCCGAAAAGGCCGAUCUCUGCGUUUUGGCGAUGCGGACUUUCAAGCCAGGCGAUCUGAUCAACUACUGCAAGGGCGGCUUGAAGGAUCUCACCAAAAGCGAAGACGAUGCACUACGCGAAGAGGCUACCGCCUCGCGCGAGAAGCGCAAGGACACCGAGUACAAGGGUGUUCUCGGCCCUGGGCGCGAUUUCAGCGUCAUCCGUUCCACGAGAAAAGGUUGCAGUCAGCUUCUGCUCGGUCCAGCGCGGUUCGUGAACCAUGACUGCAACCCAAAUACUGAAUUCUAUCGCAUGGGUGCCACCAUGGUCUUCAAAGUUAUCCGACCGAUCCAUCCUAACGAAGAAAUCACCACCUUCUACGGCGAAAAUUACUUCGAGUGGGGCAAUUCAGAGUGCAUGUGUGCCACCUGCGAGUCCCGCGGCACAGGUGUCUUCUUUGAUCCUUCCGUACCGCAACCGAUGGAACAGGUCGAAAGCUCUGAGGGCACAGAGGUCAAACAGGAGGAUUCAUCCGGCGCGAAUGACGCCAACGGACGUCGGCAAUCACGGCGGUCCAGUCGACCGGCAGGUGCAUCAUCUGCGCUACCCUCCCCAUCACCGACACCAUCCUUAACGCCUUCACUAUCGACAUUACUGGGCGAUGAUGCUGCCGCGAAGGACAAGAAGUCGAAACGAGACUACCUUGCAGACCUCAAGCUUGCAGAGCACGGACCGUCAGACGACCGUUCAGAUCCAUGGGCUGAGGGCGCUGGGCCAAAGUGCCGAUGUCUGACGUGUGGAGCUACAUUCUGGGCGCUAGAAAAAUGGUGGACUCCUGACGAGUGCCCACGUUGUGAGCGUCAUUACAAGAUCUUCAAAGCCGACUGGCCAGUUCGCGUGCCGACCGAGGGCUCCUUGGCGCGAAAAGCGGGCGGUGUCAAGCGCAAGACGAGUUCAGAGAUGAUCUCGGACCACCUUGCGAGCGCUUCUUCACCGGCGCGCAACGGCAAGGAAAGGUCCUUGACCCCAACAGAUCACAAAGCCAACGUCACGCCAAAGUCACAGAAAAAGCCGCGACUCAGCAAAACGCCAAACAGCAGCGGCACGCCUGGCGGCAGCACAAAGACGCCCACUGCCGCCGCCGCAGCCACGAGCAAGGCGAAUAAAUCACUGUUGGCGUCUUCCUCAACACCCUCUACAACUUCUCCGAAGCCCCCAGGUCGAUCCGGCAAAGUCGAAAAAGAGAAGAGCGUCAAGCAAGAAAGGCAGGACGAAGCUAGCGUCGCUCGGUCGCUUGCCAUACCCACGGUCAAAAAGACCAGCACCAUCGCUGCUCUCCCUACAGUGGUGCCCAAGCACGACGAUUUUGGACUGGAGUCAGAUGGCUCUGACCUCACGCCGGAGCCCGAGUCAGAAAAUGGCGACGCAGUCAAGGCAGAGGAUGAUGACGAGGAUGAGGACAAAGGACCUCGACCGGCUUCCGUCACCGCUCGUCCACAUUCAGGACAGGCGGAUAGAUCGUCGUCCAGCACCAGCCCUGGGCCUCCGGGACCCAAGAUGCUCGGCAAGAAUGCAAAAACAGACGUAUUGGCGCAGUACUGGGGAGCUGUCGAAGGCGAUCGCAGGGCUCGCAGAAAGGCACCGGUCAACCCUGGGCCAACUCUGUUGGCUGCCAGACGGUCAUCGCAGGACGUCACGAACAAGCCGUCGGAACGACGCUCCAGCUUCCGUGAGACCAGCACUGACGAACAUGGUCUGACAAAACCGAAAAGACGCCUCGUAGCCGAGUCUGUCUCCGAUGCUGAAGACGCAGUGCCUGCAGCAGUGCCUUCUCGCCCAGCCGCUUCAACUGUAUCUAAGCAUCGCAAGACUUCAAGCAUGAGCGAUGUCUCUCCUGCUCAGCUCCGAGCCAAGUCGGUGGUUAGACCGUCACCAGAUCAGCAGACACCGUCUGCACCAGACAGCACUGCGUCGCCAACACAUACGUCAAAGACCGCGCCGCCUGCACCAGCACCAGCACCAGCACCAGUCCAGAAAUCCUCGGCUAGCAAUUUGCCCGGUCUGGCCACAUCGGGAGUCGAACGCACGUCAGAGUCUAACUUGGCGCUCUUCUGGUCGGCCGGUGUAGGAGGGACUAGAAACCGUCGACAAGCCCAGAGGGAGCCAGUGACGGUCUUGGCCCCCUCGGUACCAUCGAAGCGUCAGAGGAACGCUUCCGAGUCGAGUCGCAGUCGCACACCAGAGGUCAAGAAAUCUCGCGGCUCAUCAAGGCCGCAUACUGGUAACGGAGAAGAUGAAGGCAGUGGCAGGGAUGCAAGGGGACGUUCACGUUCGGCAGCGGCAUCGGAGGACAGGAACGGUAGCUCCAAGGAGACGAGCCAGAGCAAUAGUGACAUUGACGAUGACGACGUCCCUCCGGUGAAGCCAUACAUGUUCUCAGCGAUCAGCAAGGUGCUCCAGUCCAAUGGCAGCAUGGAUGUGAAUGCAGGACACGAGGCAAAGGGUCCACUUCUCCCAUCGGCACCGCUCUUCCGGCCGUCAGGCCUCAUUCGGCCCGAUCUUUCCGCCGCAGCCGCUCGUUCCAACUCUCCGCUUGCCGGACCGCCGCGUGGUUUGCCCGGUCAGCCCAUGCGAAAGAACCUCCGGUGGGGAAGUGGCAAAUCCUCAAUCAGCCGGCACUUAGGUCCGAAUGGGAGUCCCUUAAGCCGCCCUCCAUCGAGUAUCAACGGCAGUCCCGUCAGUGUCGCACCGCAUCGAGCGGAAGAAGCCAAGCCCCAGAUUCCGCGUGCUAUAGCCCCAGCACAAGCCGAACAUGGCGCUCCUCCGCCCCAAGGUGCUACACCCAGGCCUUCGACUGAGCGGGCCGAUGCAGCGCCAUUGGAGCUCAGCCUUCACCAACCUGCUACUGUCGAGCGCGAUCCAAGCUAUCCGGAGGCUCAGCCAACGGUCGCAGCGGCUCAGCCUGUGUUGGAGGUCAAGGUCGAAGCGAGCCCGCAGCCGAGUCCGCCUCCUCAGCCAGAACUAAAAGAAACAGCCGCUGCACCUGUUGCAACUGUUGCACCUGUAGUGUCAACGGCAACUGGGAAUGGAUCCUCAUCGAACGGAGUUGCGCCUGAAAGCUUUCUGAGCGCAACAGUGGCCGAGAAGUCCUUUACACAAGUUCAGGAUGUGGCUCCAACGAGAUACUUGGUGGACGAAGCAUCGAGUCCAGCCGCGGACUCAUCAGACGCACAGCAAAGGCGUACGUCAGGUCGUGCUCGCAGGGCACCUGAAAUGGCAGCUGGUCAGAUCCCCUACAAGGGCAGUCUGGUCAAGCUCGCUGCUCAGAGGGCUAAAGAAGCCAAGGGCGGGCCACACGCGGGCGCGAGCCCCCUUGACUCUCCUAGAUCCACCGGCACAGCUUCUCCAGAUCCUCGUUUCCAGAGCCCGAAAGCAGCUCGUCGACUCUCCAGCGACAUCUUGAGCAAUGCCGACAGCAGCUCUGGACACGUUCAUGCUCCUUUCGGCAACGGGAAACCCACCGGCUCCGGCGAACAUACCGGCCCGGUAGCCGCCGAAGCGUCCAAGAUCGGUCUCUUCGAAGACGUGGCCAUGGGUGAAGCGGCUCGCAGACACAGCAUAGGCGCAGCAACAGCGACAACGACCAACGCCACACCGAUGGACGUUGAUCAAUGA